AUGGCGUUGUAUUCUUGGUACAAAAGUAAGCGCCCGGGGGAUAACAGAACAGAGCGGUGCUUAGCUGAGGACAAGGCUGUGGUGUAUAGCGUGGAGGAAGGGUCGGGUCUGGAGAACGUCCCUCUGAUAGCCCAGCCCGUCAGAAAUACCAGUAGACCAGAUAUGGAGAAGGUGACCGUCCCAGACCGAAAUGGUGACCAAAUCACCCUUAACCUUAAAGCAGGUCGAUUGUGGCCAAUGACGAUGGAGCAUGUGGCUGACGUCUGUGGAUUUACUGCCAGACCAGAUGAUGUCUUUCUUUGCUCCUAUCCUAGAUCAGGAACGCAUUGGGUCUCUGAUCUCCUCGUGGUGCUGAUAAGUAAUCGGUUACAACUUCAGACGGCUCUCAAAGCUGACGCCAUGUUGGAGUACGUUGGUUGUGACCACCUGGACACCAAACCGUCUCCUCGUGUAAUCAACACCCACCUCAACUACCACCUGCUACCCAAAGAUGUUUUCCAGAAGCAGUGUAAGAUAGUCUUCGUGUAUCGUAACCCCAAAGAUGUGGCAUUGUCGUACUACCACUUCAUCAAAGAGAGAAAGCAUUAUGGAUACAACGGAAAGUUUCCUGCAUUCCUGGAGCUCUUCAUGGAGGGGAAAGUGCCGUACGGAGACUGGUUUGAAUACAUGCAGGAGUGGAACUCAGUCAUUGAAGAAGGAAGACCCUGCCAAAUACAUAUCAUGUAUUACGAACAACUGAAGCAGCACUUUUUACGAGAAAUGUCUCGCCUGUGUUCUUUCUUGGACUUGACAAGAUCAACGGAGUUUUUGGAGGAAAUGGAAAAACUAUCGUCUUUUGAUUCUUUCAAACGUUCCGUGGAUGCCCAGUUUGACAACUCUGCUCUCGACGAGUGGAAAGGGGCUCCACAGUUUAUUCGCACAGGUGUCGUUGGAGAUUGGAAGAAUUGGUUUACUGUUGCCCUAAAUGAAGAGUUCGACGAGCUUUAUCAACGCCGAAUGAAGGGUUCUUGUUUCAACUUUUCUUAUGAAACAGAUUUCACUGAAAGCGUUUAGGG